AUGGCUGUCGCUGUUCGAUCAAUUCACGCCGACCCAGUCAUCGAGAGGCGAUUGACCUCGCCUUUCAAUACUGUCACCACAAACCUCUUAGCGGGAGGAGGGGCUGGCAUCAUGGAAGCAUGCUCCUGCCACCCACUUGACACGAUCAAAGUGCGAAUGCAAUUGUUGCGCAAUGACCCACACUCUCGACGUCCGAGUGGAUUCAUCGGUACGUUGGGACAUAUCGUGCGGAAAGAGGGCCCUCUUGGGCUCUACAGAGGCUUUGAUGCUGUUGUCCUGGGCAUGGGUCCCAAGAUGGCCAUCCGAUUCACCUCAUUUGAAGGUUUCAAGCACCUGGGCGCUUCGCUUACGGGGCAGUCAACACCGAGCAGUUCCGUGGUGUUCCUCGCAGGGCUGGCAGCAGGAAUUACGGAGGCAGUCUGUGUCGUCAACCCAAUGGAGGUCGUCAAAAUUAGGCUUCAGGGACAGCACCGAGUGGAGGGAGGGGCCAUUGCGACCCUGCCGCAGUACCGGAACGCUUUUGACGCCGCCCGCGGCGUCGCCAGAAACGAGGGUAUCUCUGCACUCUGGCGUGGGGUCUCACUGACAGCCACUCGUCAGGGGACCAACCAAGCGGCCAACUUCACCACUUACUCCUUCCUAAAACGGGCAGUGCAGAGAUACCGGAGCAAAAAGGGGAUCGACGAAGGGGCCUUGCCAACCUAUGUGACAGGUCCCAUCGGGCUCUUCUCGGGCGCCAUGGGCCCGCUCUGCAACGCGCCGAUCGACACAAUCAAAACGAGGUUGCAGAACGCCGCGGCACACGGCGACAGGAGGAUAUUGGGGCUGGUGACCAGCUUGAUAAGGGAAGAGGGCCCCGGCGCCCUGUACAAAGGUUUGCUGCCCCGGGUGAUGCGGGUGGCACCCGGACAGGCAGUGACAUUCAUGGCCUAUGAAUUCUUCAAGCGGCAGCUGGAUAAUUUGAUACGCCAGGUCUUUUCAAGGGUCAUCCUCGCCGGAGUGCACGCGUUCCAACUAAAACAUGAUGUUAUCAGCGCCUUGAUCGAGAUCCAAGGACGGCCCAUUUUUACGCCGUUGGACGCUGAGCGCGGGUUCACCACAGCUGCCGGAGAGCCAGCCACCCGGGACCCAUCCAGCGUAUUUUCCAUGCAAGUCAGACCCACGUGCCACUGCAAAAGGGUCCAAGCAGAUACCGGUAGAGUAUCUAUCUAUCACAUUUUCGAGCUUACGUGUUCGACGCUUCAACAUUUGGACAACAACUCUAUCACCGUCGUCGAUCGUCCAGCCGUCCGCAGGCUGUUCGGGCUGUGCAUGGCGGUGACGAUCACCUGUUUCCACUCUCUGAGGUUUGGUCACACCGAGCGGACAGGAUUCGAAUCAACAUCCGAUGAGGCAAUCAUUUCCCUGAAUGUCAUUUAUGUCCAUGUCAAUUUUCACGAUUGGCGAAGGGGAUCCCGGAUGCACAACACAUGCUAUCAGAUCCAUUUCUCCCUCUCAUUUGCUGACAUGGCUCCCUUCGUUGAUGAGAGUACCUCUACCGGCUCAGGUGUCUCUCUGGAUUUCUCAAAACUCCAGACAACCGGCGCCAAGGCCGAGGUUUUUGGCCUGGAAACAUCGACUCUCCUCAACCUCCAUCUCGAAGACAUGGCUUUCUCAUCGCAGGUUGCUGAGGUAGAGAAGUGGUGGUCUUCGCCCCGGUUUGCAGGCAUUCAACGCCCGUAUACUGCAGAACAAAUCUGCAGUGCGAGAGGCAGCCUCGUCAUGCCGUAUAUCAGUGAUACGUUGAGCAAGAAGCUCUGGGCUAUUCUCGAGAAUAGGGCCAAGACUCGAACGACAAGCGCAACUUUUGGGUGUAUGGAUCCUGUCCAAGUCACACAAAUGGCAAAGCAUCUCGACACUGUCUAUGUGUCCGGCUGGCAGUGCUCUGCUACCGCCUCGUCCUCCAACGAGCCAUCCCCUGACCUGGCUGACUACCCGAUGGACACUGUCCCAAGAAAGGUCGACCACCUCUUCAAAGCCCAGCUGUUCCAUGACCGCAAGCAAAGGCAGGACCGGCUUAGCUUGCCUCCUCGGGAGCGUUUGAAUCUCCCCCAGGUCGAUUAUCUCAGACCCAUCAUAGCUGAUGCAGAUACGGGUCACGGAGGUCUUACGGCGACGCUGAAGCUGGUCAGGAUGUUUAUCGAGUCUGGCGCUGCCGGCAUCCACAUCGAGGAUCAGGCCCCGGGCACCAAGAAGUGCGGUCACAUGGCCGGCAAGGUGAUGGUACCGAUGCAGGAGCACAUCAACCGCCUUGUCGCCUGCCGGGCCCAGGCUGACAUGAUGGGCACAGAGCUCGUCAUCGUCGCCCGUACCGACUCGGAGGCCGCGACGCUGAUCUCGUCCACCAUUGAUGCACGGGACCACCCGUUUAUCCUGGGCGCGACAAAUCCGUCGGUCGAGCCACUUGUCGACGUGCUGAUCGCCGCGCAGACCAAGGGAAGUACAGCACAGGAACUCACAAGUCUCGAGAAGAAGUGGAUGUCCGAUGCUGGGUUGAAGACGUUUGACGCCGCUUUCGAAGACGCCGCUUUCAAAGACGCCGCUGCGGAUAAGGGACUCCCUGAGUCCACCGUCGCCGAGUACUUGGAAGCUGUCAAAGGUAACCUGUCCCUCAGCCAGCGUCGCAAAGUGGCGAAGAAGCUCCUUGAUGGAAACGAUAUCUUCUUUGACUGGGAUUCACCCAGGACCCGGGAAGGGUACUAUCGCUACCAUGGCGGGAUCAAGUGUGCUAUCGCUCGUGGGGUGAAUUACGCCCCCUACGCAGGUGGGUCACCCAAACUCCUCCUCUCUGCAUAUCAAAUCAAUCAUGCUAAUCUAUGUGGUGUUAUGAAUGCGGCGGAGUUCGCCGAGGGCAUUCACGCCGUGCAUCCCGGCAAGAAGCUGGCCUACAACCUAUCGCCGAGCUUCAACUGGAAGCGAGCGAUCCCUGACCCCACCGAGCAGGCUUCUUUCAUCCAUCGCCUCGGCGAGCUGGGCUACGUCUGGCAGUUCAUCACCCUCGCGGGUCUGCAUGCAACCGCCCUGGGCACCGCGACGUUUGCACGGGCCUUCUCCUCCCAGGGCAUGCAGGCCUAUGUGGAGCAGAUCCAGGAGCCGGAGCGUGACGAGGGUGUCGACGUUCUGACGCACCAGAAGUGGUCUGGUGCCAAUUAUAUCGACAGCCUGCUCGCCAUGGUCUCGGGCGGGAUGGUGAGCACGAGAAGCAUGGGCGAGGGCGUCACCGAGGUCCAGUUUGCAACGGAUGGGGUCAAGAAUUAG